ACUGCCGCCGGUCAAGCGGUUUUGUUAUGUCUCAAAUAGUGCAGCAGAUGUAUCGUAUAUCAUUUGCCCCUUGUCUAAAUCAACUCCAUUCCACACCAAUCCCCCCAUCGGCCGGCACCACUCUUCAGCGUUAAUGCACUGCCAGUCCGUCCUAAAAAUAAACAAUCCAAACUUACUACAGCUGUCGCUUGGCCCGACUAUAGUGUACAGCGAUAAUUUCGACGCUUUAUGGGGAAUUUGAGAAUCUGCGAUUUUGCAAUCUGUGGGGAUGUGAGCGGAUAUUGUGCCGGUCACUAGCGCAUCCGUCAUUCGCCGCGUUCCCAUUGCACUAUAAAGUUCGAACAGUGUUUAAUUGAUCCGGUUUCAAAAUUCAAAAAGCUGCUCAUUUAUCUGGAUAAGUUUUCUCUGCGAGAAAAUGCUUCGACGUAAUAACGAUGAAUUCCGCAUUCCGUUGUUUUUGGAAGAGCGUCCGUUGCCGCGUGUGCCGAAGUACUCUAAAGAAGUUUUUCGGGAAGUGUAUGAACCGACGCCGAGUGAUGUCGAGAAGGGUAAAAGCCGGUUGCAGAAAUGGAUGAGCGCGUUGAAGAAGCGCUUGGCCGGGAAAAAAAGCGAUCAGUUGAUUCAAGAUAAGAAUUUUAUCAAUGGGCAAACAGAGCCAUGCUCACAGUGUUCAUUGCGUGAACGACCGGGACGAUCCCGUGGGAUGAUUGUGGAGCGGCAACGACCGGUGUCCAUGUACGAUUUCCGCGUAACGCACCAAGAAAAAGUUCUCACACUGACCCCGCAUUCCAAUACCGGCACCACAUACGCAACAGUAGUCGCUGCGCCAUACACACACAGCCCCACCCACGUUGAUCGCCCCCACCAGCCCCAACAGCACUUACCACUCCCCGGGCUUAUCGGACGCCGACAGCGUGAUCCUGCCGGCCGUCCUGGUGCGAUUACGCCGGAAAGGCGAAGCAGCCCGCGCGGCGGCCGAACAUGAUGGACAGGCGAUAAGAUAUCGCCAGCACCGGCGUUACACACUUUACACCGAUCCGGACAGCGAUAAGCGACAUCAGCCGCUGCCGGACACGUCGGACACCGGUGUAUCGCAUUCGUACACGUGUUCGUCGCGGCGCCCAUACAGCUGUCUGUACGAGCAUGAGCCGGAUGUGGUGGUGUCUGCGCAGUCGGUGCGGCCGCUGCGGACAGCGGUGCCGGUACGGCCGGAAUGGACCAAUCGCGUCAGUUGUGCGCCGGAACGACAACGGUAUCCACCCGGGACGAGAAAGAGAUUUGGCGGGAAACGAUUGUUGGUGCUGGAUGAUGCGGCGUUGUUGGCGAUGCAGAAUGGUGGAGAAAUCCCGGAAGUGAAAACCGUUGGCCUUACUGGCAUGUCCAGACGAGGGCGGAAUUCGAGAAGCAGUAUAAUGCAUGAAGCGAUUUACGAAGAAGUCAUGAUUUAAUGAUAAUCCCUUUGUUAUUUUGAUACAGGUUGUGUAGUGUAUCGAAUAAGGCUUUUCAUCUUUUUUUUCCAUUUCCGUUUGUUACUGUUAUCCGGUCCGGUCCCAAUUAUGCAGUUAAUCGAAAUGCCUUUUAUGCGCUACAACAGACGCAUACAUGAAUUGAUUAGUACAAGGCACACGAAUAUUGUGAAUGAAA